GGGAGCGGGGCGGCCGAGGGGCGGCGGCGGAGCAGCCGGAGCCGGAGCCGGAGCCCUGUUCCGGCCGGCGGAGCCCGCGCUCGGCGGACGAUGCUGCGGUGGGGACUGAGGGCUGUGAGCUGCGGCCUCUCCGCCGCGGGGAGCGCGGCCUGCGGCGGGCUCCGGCGCCGGGCGCUCCCCGCUCUCGCAAUGGCUGAGGAUUUGCGAGCAGUGGUUGCCAGCCCGACGAAGAGACUGAACAGCAGCAGCGAGGUGGUUGAAAGGGUAGAAGAAAACGGACAUCAGAGUAAAAGGUUGAAGAGAGAUGCGGGUGAGGAAGAUGCGGAGGAUCAGAAUAAAAAGUCACCCAAAAGGAAGAUUGUGUUGUUGAUGGCAUACUCAGGGAAAGGCUACCAUGGGAUGCAAAGAAACGUGGGAUCUUCACAGUUCAAGACAAUUGAAGAUGACUUGGUAUCUGCCCUCGUUCAGUCAGGCUGCAUCCCAGAAAACCACGGGGAAGAUAUGAAGAAAAUGUCUUUUCAGCGGUGUGCUCGAACGGAUAAGGGUGUGUCUGCAGCUGGACAGAUUGUGUCGCUAAAGGUCAGGCUAAUAGAUGACAUCUUAGAAAAGAUCAAUAACCAUCUUCCUUCUCACAUCAGAAUUCUGGGGCUGAAGAGAGUCACUGGGGGAUUCAACUCCAAGAACAAAUGCGAUGCUAGAACCUACUCUUACAUGCUGCCAACAUUUGCCUUUGCCCACAAAGACCAUGAUGUGCAAGAAGAGGUUUAUCGACUGGACAAAGAGACCCUUGAAAAAGUCAAUAAACUGCUUGCGUGCUAUAAAGGAACACACAACUUCCACAACUUCACCUCUCAGAAGGGACCCAGGGACCCCAGUGCCAAGCGGUACAUAAUGGAGAUGUACUGUGGAGAGCCAUUUGUGAGGGAAAACAUAGAGUUUGCAGUGAUCAAAGUGAAAGGUCAGAGCUUCAUGAUGCACCAGAUAAGGAAGAUGAUUGGGCUGGUGAUAGCUAUUGUGAAAGGUUAUGCUGCUGAGUCUAUCAUAGAGCUCUGCUGGGGAGAGGAGAAGGUAGAUGUUCCCAAAGCUCCAGGGCUUGGGCUGGUCUUGGAAAGAGUACACUUUGAAAAAUACAACAGGCGAUUUGGAAAUGAUGGGCUGCAUGAGCCUCUGGAGUGGACACAGGAGGAGGAGAAGAUUGCUGUUUUCAAAGAGCAGUAUAUCUAUCCUACCAUUAUCAACACUGAAAGGGAAGAGAAAUCCAUGGUGAACUGGCUAAACACCCUCUCCAUUCAUGACUUCAACUCCUCUGUUGUUGGGGUGCGCGCUAACAACAAAAAUGCAAAGAACAGCAGUGAUCUCGAAGGCAGUGAUGGUUGCGACGAUGAUUCCGACUGAGCCAGUAAGUGGCUGGACGUAGGACCCUUACUGCUUGCGGUUCCCUUUGUCUACAAAAAAGUGGCCUUUCUAAAUCCAGGAAUCCAGUAAAGCAGGGGUUUGUGUGCUUGCAGAACAAGAACCGGAUGCCCAGGAGAAACUGGGUGGGGAAAACAGCGCAGGAGAAAAAGUAAAAGAGGCUUUUUAUACCACUAAUUCACCUGACUGGUAUACUUGAAAAUAGUGUAACGUGAAAUAAGCUUUCUAAAAGAAUCUUGUAGUGCAGGAUAUCUUAAUUGCUGUUUCAAUAAUGUUUUUAUUAUAUGUUUACCUGGAAAAUAGUAUUUUAAAUAUGUAUAAUCUCUACAUGAAGAUGGGGCAAAUCAUUUUAAUAUACUUUUUUAUUAUUAUCAUAAAGUUAUGACCCCAUGAACUUUUGAUUUUUUUUUUUUUUGUUAUUUUCUUCACCUUUGCUUAACCUGAUUUCUAAACGCCAUUAAGCUUUUAUUUUCCAUGUCAUCCGUGACUUUCCUGUGGAAUAACGUGGAUGGAUUAGGAACUCAUUAUCAUGUUGACUGCUGUGAAUUCUUUUGGUAUUGAAACAAAUUUUCUGUGUUUUCUAAAGCUUUGCAAGUCUAAAAGAAAGGAUUCCUUACUCAGUGAGAGGUCUUAAUUUUGGAUCUCGGACUAAACCAUGUAUUUCAAGACAAGACCUUUUAUGUGGGAGAUGCCACCCUCCCAGUAUUGCCCCCGUGCUUGGGCAGACUCAAUAUAGAUCGCAGCUACGUGUGUAACUGGGCUGCUACUACCUGAGGUGGUGUUUCGCGGAGCUGUAGUUGAGACGUGAGGAGAUGUAAAUGAACUAUUAGGACUGCAGCUCAAAGCAUGCAGCCAUGAAUGUUCUAGCGUUGCCUGUGGUGGAUCACUAAAUGUGUUGCUGCUGGUUUAGUAUUUCUGGGUUUAGUGGAAACUAGCUAUCUGCUAGAUUCGGGGCUGAAUCAGUUUAGCACGCGUGAAAGGAACGGUGCUGACUUCCUCUGGGCUUCACUUUGUGUGUGUGAACUCUUAAUUCCAAUCAAGCUGCUCAGAACAGAUGAAUGUGUGCAAUGAUGCAGGAAGCCUGUGUCUGAGGACUGCCUUCCUUUGGGAAUUGACUUUAAUUUUCUGUGUUUUGAGGGUCUGCAUACUCAGGAGUUCUUGCUCCCCUCUCCCCAAUUGCGGUUUGACUUCUCGUUCCUGUUUCCAGCUCUGUGGAGGUGGUGGGAGAAAAAAUAAGUAAAGGCAGCAGCCUUCCUACCCUCCCUGCCUGUAGGAUGCUUUUGGAAUGGGUGGAACAAGACUCUCCAAGCAUUCGGGUACUCGUACCAGUGCUUGAUCCGCUUCCCUAGCUGGGUCUGUAUGGAGACUUGCUUUGUAACACGGUAGCUAUUGAACAGGAGGAAUCACCUCUCUGCUCCGUCAUUCAGCGGUUUCUGCCCAAAGUCUCUCAUUUUAUGGAUGCUUCUGAAAUUAGGGUUUGGGGUGUUUUUUUCCAGAGCACAGCUGUCCCUUAAAAAGGGAUUUGUUUUAUUUAUUUUAUCUGCAUUUUAAUUGGUGCUUUUUAUUUUAUCCUGAAGGCCUUGUUCUAUUUUAUCAGAGUGAGCAUGGAAGUGUUCUGAAGAGGGACUCUACCUAAAUUUUCAUUUAUAUCCCUUGCUGCUUCAUACUAUUGACCUAAUCUGCAAUAGUCUUCUAUCUAAACUUCUUUCUAUCCCUUUCAAUCUGGGAAAAAAAAAAAUCUUUAUUUGCUUAUAAUAAAGACCCCAAAACUGACAUGCAUCUCAGUUGAAAUCAAUGAGAAUUUCUAUUUAUAGCCUUUGGAGAAAACAAUAAUAAAAAAGGACAUUUCUUA